CUCGAUGGCAGCAAAAGUGCAAGCGACGCUCGCCUCUGCGGCCGAUGUCAAGGCGUAUACGCUGGCCUUUGUCCUUCGCACCAACAGGCAAGGCGAGCGUGAGAUUCUCCUCGGCACCAAGAAACGCGGCUUUGGCCUUGGCAAAACGAUUGGUUUUGGCGGCAAAAUCGAACCAUCGGACAAGAGCGUUGCCGAUGCGGCCGCGCGCGAGCUCAUGGAAGAAGCCAACAUUGUCGUAUCAGGCGACAACAUGCACUCGAUGGGCACGCUCCUCUACACGUUUACGGACCGCCCCCAAAUCAUGCAUAUGCACGUCUACACUGUGACGACGUUUCACGGCGACCCGUCCGAGUCCGACGAGAUGCGCCCCGCGUGGUUUCCCUGCGAUGCGAUCCCGUACAACGACAUGUGGGCCGACGAGCAGUUCUGGCUUCCGUCCGUGCUCGCGGGUCAUCGCGUCUUUGGGCAAUUUGACUUUGCCGAAGACGAAGUGACCAUUCUCGACUCGACUUUGGACAUUGUUGAUGAGGACUAGGAAGAAAGGAUUAUAUUGUCUAGCGUUGAGUGUUCUCAUAAGCAAUGCUAAGCGUCUUAACCUUUCAACGCCCAA